AUGGUGCAGCAGCCCGUGCGGCGGGGGCAGCGCCGAGCGCGCAGGCGGGGAGGGCAGCGGCGCUCGGAGCCCGCGGGCCGGGCCGGGCCCCACGGCGCUCCGGGGGCCGGGCCGCGCCGGGAGAGCCGCAGCCAGCGCCGAGGCUGCCGGAGCGGGGCGGGAGGACGCGCGGGGCAGGCGGGGCACGGGGGCGAGGCAGGAGGAAGGGCUCUGCCGCGGGGGUCCCGGCAACACGCGGCGCAACGCGGGAGCGGCACGGGAAAGCCCGGCGCCGGCGGGGGCGAAGUUGCCCCGAGGCGGGGAGCGGGGAGCCGGAGCCCCGCACGGCCGCCAGGGGAGGGUGCGGCUCCGGCCGCGCCAGGCAGGGGCCGCCGAGGGGGAGCCACUUACCGCACGCCGGCACGGGAGGACGGCCCGGCGUCGGCGCGGCGGGCGGGGGCGGCGCGGAACGGGCACGUCCCAGCCCCGCGUGCGGAGGCGGCCCCGCGCUGCGCCCGCCCCCGGCCGGCCCCGCCGCGCCGACGCCGGGCGGGGCGCGGAGCGCAGCGGGGCGGGAGGUGGUACCUGGGCGCGGCCGCUCCUGCCGCUGCCCGGCGGCUCAGGCUCCCUGGGAAGCGGCUCGGGUAG